CUGGAACAAAAAGGGCAAAAAGAAGAGGAGGAGCUACGAAUUUCCUGGUUAUAGGAGGAGUUCAGACCCGGCCAAACACCUCCUCACUGUUAUACUCAAAAUACAACUAAGCUGGGAGCAGUAGUACUACUUGCCAUUGCAAUUUACAACACAAAACAGCACAUAAAGCAGAAGCAGAGCCUCUGGUUUCUUCUUUAGUUUUCCUUUCUAAUCUGAUAAUGUAAAACCCAGAAAAAGAAAGUAAAGGGUAACCAAAAAAACCUGGCUCUGAACUUCUGAGACACCUCCCAAAAGAUUAGCGUUCUGCAAAAGGAUGGCUUUGUGUAGGAUUUUUGCUUUCUUCCUUAUCAACAUUUGCUUGUUCUCCGGACUUUCUCUAGCUGGGGAUCCCUUUGUUUUCUUUGAUUUUGAGGUUUCCUACAUUACUGCUUCUCCUCUUGGAGAGCCUCAGCAGGUUAUUGCUGUUAAUGGGAAGUUUCCUGGUCCUACCAUUAAUGUCACUACUAAUAACAACGUCGUUGUCAAUGUCCGAAACAAAUUAGACGAGAGUCUUCUUAUGCAUUGGUCGGGGAUUCAACAAAGGCGUAGUUCAUGGCAAGAUGGAGUUCCUGGGACCAAUUGUCCAAUUCCUCCAAAGUGGAACUGGACUUACCAAUUUCAGGUCAAGGACCAGGUUGGGAGUUUCUUCUACUUCCCAUCUCUCCAUUUCCAGAGAGCGUCUGGUGGAUUUGGCGGUUUUAUCAUAAAUAACCGGCCUAUUAUUCCAAUUCCCUUUGCAACCCCUGAUGGGGACAUUACAAUUUUGAUUGGUGAUUGGUACAAAAGGAACCAUACGGCUUUGAGAAAGGCCCUUGACGAUGGGAAAGAUUUAGGGAUGCCUGACGGGGUUCUCAUUAAUGGCAAAGGGCCAUACCAAUAUAACUCCACUCUUGUUCCUGAUGGCAUUGAUUUUGAAACAAUUACAGUCCACCCAGGGAAAACUUAUCGGCUCCGGGUGCACAAUGUUGGUAUCUCUACUAGUCUGAAUUUCAGGAUCCAGGGCCACAAUUUACUUCUUGCAGAAACAGAGGGAUCAUAUACUGUGCAGCAGAAUUAUACUAGUUUAGAUAUACACGUAGGACAGUCUUAUUCUUUUUUGCUAACCACGGAUCAGAAUGCAAGUACCGAUUACUACAUUGUAGCAAGUGCUAGGUUUGUGAACGAAACACAGUGGAAAAGAGUUACUGGUGUUGCCAUCUUGCAUUACACAAAUUCCAAGGGGAAAGCAGCUGGCCCCCUCCCGGACUCUCCAAAUGAUGAAUUUGACAAAACCUUCUCCAUGAACCAGGCAAGAUCCGUCAGAUGGAACGUAACUGCAAGUGGUGCUCGUCCGAAUCCACAAGGCUCUUUUAGAUAUGGGUCAAUCAAUGUCACUGAGGUUUAUGUGCUGAGGAACAAACCACCAGUGACAAUUAACGGGAAGCGACGUACAACACUUAAUGGGAUAUCAUUUGUAACUCCUUCAACCCCAAUCAGGCUUGCUGACCAGUUCAAAGUUAAGGGAGUCUAUAAGCUUGAUUUUCCAGAGAGGCCAAUUACAGGACCACCACGGAUGGAAACAUCAGUUAUUAAUGGAACAUAUAGAGGAUUUAUGGAAGUUGUCCUUCAGAAUAAUGAUACCAAGAUGCAGAGCUAUCACAUGAAUGGUUAUGCCUUCUUUGUUGUUGGUAUGGAUUAUGGUGAGUGGACAGAGAAUAGCAGAGGGACAUACAACAAGUGGGAUGGUAUUGCCCGGACCACUACACAGGUUUAUCCGGGUGCAUGGACAGCAAUCCUGAUAUCACUUGACAAUGUUGGGGUGUGGAAUAUCAGAACUGAGAACCUGGAUUCAUGGUAUCUUGGUCAAGAAACAUAUGUCAGGGUUGUUAAUCCAGAGCCUACUAACAAGACUGAGCUGCCCAUGCCAGAUAAUGCACUCUUUUGUGGUGCACUCAGCAAAAUGCAAAAGCCACAAGACAUCUCUUCUGCUGGAGAAACUGGAUCAAGGCUGUUCUUCACAGUGUUAAUGAUAUUCUGUGCUGUGACCUUCCUUCUCCGUUAAGUGGUUUCGUUUCAGUUGUGUCCUCUGUGUGAUAUUUUAUGGGUUUUUGAGUGUGUAAUUGUUUGUAGUCUGUCGGGUAAUUUUGACAUAAUUUUUUUGUUCAAAUGUCUACCGAGGUUCCUGUUUAAUUUAUUGGGAUCUUUCGAUUCUUUUACUACGUAAAAUUGUAUGUAGUGAUCACGACGAUUCAUGAAAUUUUCAAUAGAAUUUAACAACAUCUCAUGUC